GGCCGCGGCCGACUUGACCCCCCUGGCCGCGGCCGGGUGUGCAACAUAGAUCAGAGGGCUUCAACUUCGUCAUGGACCGGAGCGUGUACGACAAGAUGGAGGCCAUGACGAAGCGGGAUCAUACGAUCCACCCGAAGAAUUUGGCGGACACAGGGGCGGCCGAGGGGGUUCAGAUGCCGGCAAGCGCGGGGGCGGGAGGGGAGACCAUGGGCAGUGAGGAUGGAGGGGAGGCAGCCGACGAGGAGCAGGGGUCGACGAAAGACUCCACAUUCAGCGCGGGGAGAGGCGGCGGUUACGGGAAAAGGAAGAACAUGCGGCAACAAACAUUUGAGGUCGUCGCCGACGCCACGGACAAGCAUGGCGCGCUCAUGGCGAGCACAAUGGAUAGGGCGAGCAAGCGACAAUGCUCAAUGAUGUUACGUCAGUGCGAAAUCCUGGAGAGCGAAGUGGAAGUGCAGAGGAAACAUUAUGUUGCGGCGGAUGAGGCGAACAGAAUGAUAGUGUAUGGACGCGCGUCCGCAGAGGCGUCGAAAGGUCUAUUUGCGCCUCGGGGAAGGUGGGUGUGGCAACACAUGAAGGGCGUGUCCGCGAAGGAGGUCUGGAGAGGUGCUGUCACACGUGUCGCUGUCGACGACGGCGGCAGGCGAAGAAUCGAGGUCGGGGCCCCUCCGUCUACUCCAUCUAACGAGGAGGAGGACGACGACGUGUUUACGACGGAGGAAGAAGCAACGGAGGACACCUUGUCGGCACCUCGGGGAAGCACUCUUCAACGGUCAUCUGAUCAGAACGCUGCGAGGAGAUUGCUGACGCCCCCUCCGGAGGCGCAACAAGUGCGUGCCCACAAUACCCCGAAGGCGAAGGAGGUUGUCGUCGACGUCGGCGGCGAGGACGACGAGCCCUUGGAAAGUCGUAGGCAGCGCAAUGUCACACAAGGCGCCACGGCAACGACAUUCAAGAUACGUGGCGCGACUGAAGAAAGGCCACCUCAGGGUGGCCUUCCCUCCACGCCGUCUCAGCCGCGUCCGCACAACACGGCUGCAGAGGGAGGCUCCAUGGAAUGCGGCGGAGGGGAGGGGGCCCAGCAAGAAGCACGCGUGGCGAGCGGGGGGGCGAUCGGUGGUGCAGCCGCGGGGUCUUCGGGCAAUGUAGCUGCCGUGUCGAGAGCGAGAGAGGAGCUCCCUGUUGUGGAGCGGGAGGUGGCACGCGGCGACAACAAGGGUGAUAGGGAGGAUGAGGACCCCCUUUUGAGCCGGGUUCGGAGGGGAGGGACGGCGAAAGAUCUCGCCGAGCGUGCCUGCCUGUGGGUUGAUGACAAAGCGUUCUGGACGACGGGGGAGGGGACAAGACUGUACAACAUCGUCCACGAAACGCAGCAGCACUUUGUCGCCAUCGCCAACGGGCUGCAAGCGCCCGCCGUCCCCUGGAGCGUCGUCAUGCCGAAAUCCGCCAUGAGCUUGACGAGGAUUGCAGAUCCCGCACAACUGCAGCAGGCGAUCUCCCGCGCGAUGACAGCGGAGAACAUUGCUCUGCGCGUCUUGCACGGAUGGGUCUUCAAGUCCGGAAACCGCCCCCAAGGAUACAAUGUCGCUUACCACUAUGUGCUGGAGUCGGUGGCGACGGACAUUACGCGUGCCAUGUGGUAUGGCGAGGAGUGGAGCAACGUCGUCAGUGCGGCCCUUUGCGCGCACACAAUCAACCUGAACAUGGACUUGCCACUGUGGUUUGCGGGCGCGAACAUCGAGGACAGGCCGGAGGACGACGACAUGGCGGCGCACCAGGAGUCGACCGUUAUAUGCAUCGUGCAUGCAUUUCGCGCCGCGGUCCAAAUGGGUGGCAACGUCGAUGGCGGGUUCAUCUCACACGACCGUCUGUCGAGGAUUGCAGAUUGCUUCAGGCUUUUGUUGGCGGCCAGCAUGUGGUUGAUGCGCAUGGCGGGAGACGAUCCAGAGCUUCCAAGCCAUCAGAUCAUAAAUGAUCUGAUGGUAGCGGUUGCAACAACAGUGAACAAAGUAACCCCUACAUUUUCUCGAAUAAACUCUACUUCUGUCAGCAGUGAUCCUGACACCCUCCAGAUACUCGGUGAUUGAGGGGGGCUCCACCCAAUGACAUAAUUGCACUACAGCAAGUAAAAUGCCGAAAAUCUUCUAUCCAGUGGGCCUCUGGCCGACCCCACCCUCUUUUGGGGUUGGCCACACCCCCAAAGGACUGAAAAGAUUCAGGAAGCUUUCUCUCUUUGCACGGGCAUGGAGGGGAACAAAGAUCUCCUUACUUUUUCGGGUAAUACAUGUAAAAUACUGACCUUGAUCACUAGUACUGCACUCCAGGAUUUGGGUCACUCAACUGCCCCACAAACUCGUUUCUAUCCUAUCCCGUUGCUAGUGGGACCUUGCCCCUGGAGGUGGUCUCAAAAAGGGUCUGCCCGCGGCCACCUUCUGAGGCAUUUGGGUACCGAGCCUCUCCAGUGUGACCCGAAAAAUGACUCAAUUUUUGGGAUUUUGGGUCUUUUGGUCCUCGUGUGAGUAUGCCCUCAGUCAGGUAAGUCCUGCGGUAUCAUGAAGGGUCGAAUAGCAAGCAACCGCCCGUUGGCAGCCGAAUGGUGAAUGAAUCCCUCCCUGAAACACUUUACACACACACACACACACACACGCACAAACACAAACACACACACACACACACACACACACACACACACACACACACGUCGUUGACGACUACCUAUGCUCACAACGCUUACGCCCGACGUGACGUGCACGCACCUGAUUGCAUGACUACGCACGUGAUUGCAUAUCAUUCAAUGAACACGCACGUGAUUACUCGAGCGCAUGGGCGCGUGCAGGAGAAGUGGAUGCUACCCGACGACGUGAUGAUAUGUAUGUAUGGAUAUGGUACACUCCAAUGGCACCUAAGCGAUCAUACAAAUGGGUAUGCAAAAAAUGGGUCCAGCAAGUGUCGGUAUUGAUUAGAUGAGUGUUAAAGUGCAAUGGCCUCACCAGCCAGGUGCGAUUCACUACAUGGAUGCAUACGCACGCCUGUUAUCUAUCAAUCUAUCAAUACAUUGUUUGCUGAAUGGGAGGGAGUACCACCGGCACAGCUUGAACUGGCGCCGCCUCCACCCACUCGCCAUUCCUCACGUUUUUAUGGAGCGUUCUGUGCUCCUGGCACAGCGCACAGCUAGAGCAGA